UCUAAUUCUGUUUUGACCCAGUCUUUACCCUACCUACCUUCCUUGGAUAUCAUCUGUUAGAGCUAGGUUACUGCCAGGAUCCUGGACCCAACUGUUUCAUUCAGGAGGCUUCAGACAGCUACUGUUGGUGUACCUAAACGUUAGAUGAUGGCGUCGGACAGAACCUCUCCAUUACCAGGACCUGAUAUGGCCAUGAAGCCUGGUGCUGGCCUGCCCCCUUUCACUGCGCUACCCUUUGUCCCACCUACCCCUGUCCCCCCAGACCAACCCCUCUGGGAGCCAUCACCACAGGCCCCCAUGCCUCCUGCAUUCUCUGCAGGCAAUCCUCUGCUCCUUUCGGCCUUUCCCAGCCCACUGUUGGUGACAGGAGAAGGAGGCUCUGGCCCCAGUGUGGCUGGAACUGGCCAGGUCAUUGUCAAAGUCAAGACAGAAGUGGGGCCAGCUGAGCCCUCUCAAACUCAGAGCCGUAUAGUUACCCAGACAGCCCUAAACUGGAUUACCUCAGGUGCUCCCUGCGGGGGCCAGGAGGGGCCUCCUCCGCCUCCUCCUCCUCGGUAUGUGACAGCCUCGAAUGUGAAGACCAUUCUGCCGGCUGUGGCUGUUGGCAUGAGCCAGGAGGGCCUUGCAGGGCUUCCUCUGCAGCCUCUACCACCACCCGCUGCCCAACUGGCUCCCAUUGUGCCCCUGGAAAAGUCUUGGCCAGGAACACAAGCCGCAGCCAUGAAAGGAGGUCCGGUGGCUGCCCGGAAGCCCUCCCAAGGUGACCUUGCCUAUGCUUCCAAGGGUGUUUAUGAGAACUAUCGUCGCUGGCAACGCUACAAAGUCUUGGCCCGGACUCACCUAUCCCAGAGUCCUGAUGCAGAAGCUCUUUCCUGUUUUCUUAUCCCAGUGCUCCGUUCCCUGGCCCGACUGAAGCCUACUAUGACCCUGGAGGAGGGACUUCCGAGGGCUCUGCAGGAGUGGGAGCGUACCAGCAACUUUGACCGGAUGAUCUUUUAUGAGAUGGCAGAGAAGUUCAUGGAGUUUGAGGCGGAGGAGGAGAUGCAGAUCCAGAACGCACAGCUGAUGAAUGGCUCCCCGGGUCUGUCCCCUGUGAACCCUUUGAAACUUGACCCAGGGCCCCUGGUCCCUGAGGCUUGCCAGCAGCCAGUGUACAUUCCCAAGAAGGCGGCCUCUAAGACACGGGCUCCCCGCCGGCGGCAGCGCAAACCCCAACGGCCCCCGGUUCCUGAGGCACCCAAGGAGAUCCCACCAGAAGCUGUGCAAGAAUAUAUAGACAUCAUGGAAGGGCUUCUGGGGAGCCACUUGGACACCGGGAAGGCAGAGGAGGAAGAGGAGCAGCUGGAGGAUUCGGGGAUGUAUCCGGAUACAAGUCUGCUGAGCUACAUUGAGGAACUGUGCUCCCAGGAGGUCUUUGUCUCCAAGGUGGAGGCGGUCAUUCACCCUCAGUUUCUGGCAGAUCUGCUGUCCCAAGAGGAGCAGAGAGAUCCUUUGGCUUUAAUUGAGGAACUAGAGCAAGAAGAAGGACUUACUCUUGCCCAGCUGGUCCAGAAACGACUCUUGGCCUUGGAGGAGGAAGAUGCGCAGGCACCUCCAAGUUGCAGCGGAGCUCAGUCAGACUCAAGUCUUUCAGUUUCUGAUGAAGAUGAAGAUGGGGGUCGGAGGCCUCGGCCCUCACCUGGGCUUCAGGGGGCUGCGGGCACUGUUCACAUUGGAAAAUCUGCUUCUCCAGGCAAGCAGGCAAGAGAAGUGUAUGGUGGGCAGGAACAAGCCCUAGGUGGUCCAAGGGGGAUUCACAAGGAUGGAAACACUCUGCCAUCCUCUAGCAGCUGGGACCUGCAGCUGGAACUCUCAGCUUCACAGGGCAUGCAAGUACCCUUGGGCGUGGAGAGAAAAGGGUCUGGGAAGGUUAUCAAACAGCUAUCUGCCCAUCAUGAUGGCCACCUGGGAGGUACUGGGCCCUUUGGGCACUACCCAGUGGCAGAUAGGAAUUUGGAAUCGUUACCUUUUUGCUGGCAAGAAGGUCCCCAGCCCGUGAGAGCCUCCACUUUGGAUGUUGGACUUACAGAGCCAGUUCCUCUGCAAGGACUUGGGUUAGAAAAGCAGGCCUUGGGGCUGCAGAUAGGGCAACAGAUUCAGGGAGUCGGGGUGCUUACUCAAGGGAGAGACCCUUCAGCAGCAUCUCAGGAAGGCUCUUCAAGAGCCAUGUGGGGAGAUGACAGAGGUCCUGCCACGGUUCAGAGUUAUGAUCAGAACCAUUCCCCUGGAGCCCCUGGCAACCUGGACAGGGUUUCUCUCAGCCCGGGAUUGUGGCUGAGCGGUGACAUGGAUGCUGUACGCUUAGAGUUACCCUUACAAAUCGAGAGGGUCAUAGACAGCACCCAAGAUGAGGCGUGUAUAAGGGAGGACCAGGUACUGAAUUCCAGAAACAGUGUUUCUCCAAGUCCUAGGAAAACCACAGUGCUGGAGGAUGUGGGGAACAUUGUGGUUCCCUGUGGAGGCACAGGUUCGACAGCCGUCCUAGAAAAGAGAAGCUCCUGUAGCUUGCCAGGAUCUCUGAUGGCCAGUGGCCCAGCUUUGAGGUCCAAAGAAAAUCGAGAGCUGAACCCCGAGACAGCACAGGAUCCCAGUGACCUGUGGGCUAAAGGUCACUCCCCUCUGUUGGAAACACUUGACACCUCCACACUGGGGUCUUCCACAUGCCAAGGUAAUCUCCUUAUUCUUGGGACCCAGGAUACCUCCUCUUUCCCCAAGGCUAGCUGCGAGGCAGAGAGCAGAGGUAAUCUACUUUUUCCUCUGUUGGAAAACAUAGAACAUGUUGACAUACUAGAUGUUAGAAAUGACAGUGCCCCCCAACCAGGGGUCAGCAAGGAUUCCUGCUCAUCAAAUUUUAAUUCUUAUAACCUUCAAGGAGAGGGCAGAGAAGAUACUGUUAUCUCCAAACCUACUGACCCUGUUCCUUUACAAGGUAAUCAAGAAUCUUACACACUCGAGACCACCAAAUCAACAUCUUGCCAGGGUCUGGGAAGUACUUCCCCUAGACGGGGAACUAGGGAUGCUUUAGUUUUGCGAGAAAUAUCUGUUAGAGAAACACACAACUCAGCAGCAGAUAGGGCCAAAGGAAGUGAGAAAGAGGAGGAAGAAGAUGAAGAACUCUCUAACUUUGCCUACCUUUUGGCUUCAAAACUUAGCCUUUCUGCAGGGGGGCUUUCCCUUAGUACUUGUCAUGCCUCUGGAGGUCAGGGAAUCCAGAAAACAUCCCACCCCUCUGCUGAAGUAGAUGACCUUGGCCAACCUUCACCCACUCCCCAUACAUCUGGGAAGCAAGCCCUAGCUGGGAUCCCAGCUACUGCUGGGGAGAGACCCCAGCCAGGAGCUCAGCCUGGUAGUUCCGGGCAGAAACCCCUUGCUCUGGGAAUAGUGCAGCUCCCACAGCCUCGUAAACGGCGGCGUGACACUUUUGUCACGAGCAAAAGGAAGAAGCGACGUCGUAGCCAGUAGGAAGCGAAGGGCCAUCCUGUUCCAUCCACCUAGCAGCACCCUAAGGUGGGGGCCCCAGAGUAUAUUUUACUGCUGCUGCUUCCUAGUGGAGGAGCAGCCCCAGCCCAAUGUUGUUUUUGUUCUUGUGCAAGAAGCUGGAGAGCCUGGGGCAGAAGACCAGUCUGGCUAGGUUGCAGGGGCCCCCUUCAGUGGAAAGUAAAGGGAAAGGGAACCAACUUCGGGAAGUUAUAUGGAAAAAUAAAGAUUUGUUUUUGGUUGGAAA